AUGGCGCAAGCAGACCAAGCGUAUUUAGAAAAAGUCAAAAGCGUUCUGAGCAACCCAUUUUCUGUUAGAAUGAAAGAGUCCACAUACGAAAUAAUACGCGCGCUGGCGCAGAAGCAGGGCGGCUUCUAUCCCACAGGCGACCUGCACAAAGUGAUAGGCCUCAUUCGGGCGCGCGCAGACAGGGGCACCAUAUGUAUAGGUGCGGAGGGCUCCGCCGAAGUCGCGCUGGUCAGCAUGCAGGCCUGCGAGAUCAGAGAAGCGUCGCACGAAAGGACAGUGCACAUUGCAGGCAUGGAUGUGAACCUCGCGCUGGGCCUGAAGAGCAUAGCAUACAGCAUAAAGAAGGGAAGCAGCCUGCCAGCCCAGGUGCACGGGGAAGUGCAGGGGAUAGACAGCUCGUCGUACAUAGUGAAAAUGUGCGUGCUGAGCCUGGCAAAGGCUGUGGCGCAGACAAAGCAGGAGCACAGCGCGGAGUACUACAACAGAGCGGUCGCGAUGAUUGGAGACUCAAACAGCGCUGUGAAAAUAAAGGCGAUCAACUGCGCGCUCAAAACAGGAAAUGCCGGGAGCCUGAUCAAAAACACGCUUGCAGCGCUGAAGGAGGACAGCAAAAAGGUGAUGCCAAACCCGGUGUGGUCCCCCGGCAUGCUUGCUCUUGUGGGCAUACACAUAUAUAGAACACACGACAGAAAGGCGGAAAAGCGCGCGCUGAAGAUCGUGAAAAGCUAUCUUGUGAAGCUGUCAAACGAAAAAGUGCUGAACGGGCUGUUCGUGGUUCUGUGGGGGAUGGGGCAGUCUGGGUCCACUCGGCAGCUUCCGUUUUUGAUUAUCCUGUCGCUGUUUGCGCGCACUGCAGACGCACGAAAGUCGGCAGUUGGGCUGCUUGUGGAGUACUUCGGGCACCACCCAAACGAGCGCGCGCUGGAGAUAAUUGACAGUCUAAAAAGCCCCUCUCCAAAAAUAAAAAAGAUCCUCCGGUUUGGGAGAGUCAGCAGGAAGCUGCUGUCGGAGUAUGCGGACGUGCUGAUCUCCGAGGGCGCGCCCCUUCUGGUCAAGCAGGGCGCCCAGCUGAAAGUAUACGCAGGAGAGGCAAGCUACCAAUGGGACGCUGCAGACACAUUCAGCAAGGUGGCUGCGCUCAGAAUAUUCCUGCAUUUCAGAAACACGCGCAAGCUUGAGGAGACGCUGCUCUGCAUUGAGCCCAAGGCCCUGUCCUCGCUUGUGCAGAUAGACCUGGAGCUUCUUCGGCUUGCGCUUAAGGCCGUGCAAAGGGUGGGCCUGCGCCUGCCGGUUGCAAAGGCGCUGCUCCUGCACUGCAUGCGCAAAAACCUCUUUGCGCUGCACGUCCUAAGAAUUGUGCAGAAAAACAAAAGCACGCCCGAGCUGUCUGCCAUGGGGAUAGAGAGAGCGCCCAAAACCCCAACGACUGUUCUGUCUUUGGUUGUGGCGCGCAGCCCCCUUCUGCAGAAUAUAUCCCAAACGGGCAUGGAAUGCCCGCGGGCCUCUGUGUGCAAGUCGUCCCCUGCGUACGCAGCCUGCAUGUAUCUGCUUGCCCAGAAAAAAACAGUGUCUGCCAAGGCCGUGAAAGCCAUCUUGUUUCAGCUGCUGGAGUGCUACACUGUAGACCCCUCUCUGGGAGACAUAGGGGCGCACUCCAGGCUUGACGCGCUCUACCUCCUGGUGCGCGAGUAUGCGGAGGGCAGGGCGCUGCUUUUAAAUCUGACCGGGGGCGUGCUUCGGGAGGCUCCUAUGUCGGUGACUAUUUCGAAGUUUGCGCCAAGGAGCCUAAAAAUGCACAUGAGCAGGCGCGAAAAGCGCCUCUUGGUUGGGUAUGUUCUCAAGCUGGCAGUUGACAAGUCCAAAAGAAUCGGGAUGCUUAUCUACUCGUGCAUACUCCCUGCGCUGAAGAGGCCUCCGCGGAUUCUUUCCUUCAUGCUCGAGAAGUACCACGCGGCUCUGGCGCGGCUGCCUGUUGAGGACGCAAUGCUGGAGGCUGGCGUGGCCUCGCUGAAAGCUCUUUUAAAAAAUCUGAAAAGAGCACGAAGGCGUGCCUCGCAAGGCCAUGCAAAGCCCGCAAAAGUGCGGGAAACAAUCAAAAUGAUGGUGGGUGGCAUUAUGAAUUCACUUGUCUCCUCCGACGGGCGGCUUUAUGCAAAAAUAGCGAGCAAAAUCCGGCAAACAUUCGAGACAAAAGUUGUGCAGAAAAUAGCGCAUGAGCAUGCCGAACGAAUCGCCAGAGAUGGAACGCAAAGUGCCCGAAGAAUUAUCAAAGAGCUGAAAGCGCAGAUGCUGAUUUAG